AUGGAGGGCGUCAACGUCUCCGAACUCGUCGAAAGGUUGGGGAGCGAUGAGGAUGCCGUGCGCAAAAUGGCGGUAUUCAAACUGCAAUCGAACAUCGGUGACCCGUCGUUUGCGGAUGUGUUCAUUUCUGAGGGGGGGGUAUUGAAACUGAAAUACCUGGCACUGACAGCGACGGGGAACACACUGGCGUACAGUUUGACGUCGUUUUCGCGCCUGUUGGAAGUUGAUAAGGGGUGGGAAUGCGUGGAGCAGGAUUUGGUUAUGAGGGUUGUUGAACUCAUCGUUACACAUCCGCUCGUGAAUAUCCUCCGUGGCGCGAUGUCGAUCUUAGUAUCCAUCGUUUCACACCCUCAUACAAGUUCACACCGCUCAUCACAGCCGAACGUCUUUGGGUUCCAAGCCCUGAAACCUGCAAUUGCCAUAUAUCCUCAUUUCCUUGAGAUGCUCGUGAGCAGAUUAUCGUCUGCGGACCAUGCGUUGUGCGCCAAUGCGCUACAAUUGAUUAAUUCGUUGAUGAGAGACUCGAUUGUUAACGAGGGGGAAGCGGAAUGGCCCAAGUUUAUUAAGCGCUUACAGGAUCUGGGUGUUAUCCGAUCUGUAUAUAUGCUUAUGGAGGGAACGGCGCUUCAGGAUUUGGCCCAUCCGCUACUCGAAUUCCAAUCAUUGACUAAAGUGCUCUUGCGAAAGUGGAAGGAUGUUCAUGUUGAGUUAGAGAAGCCGGAGCAUCGUUGGGCGCUGAAGGGGAUUCAUCUUGCUAGUAGAACUGAGAAGGAGAAUGAGAAAGAGAAAGAAAAGGAAAACGACAAGGAGAAGGAGAUGGAGAUGGAUCCUUCGGAGAAAGGGGGAGAUACACGGCGGUCUCGAAGGCAUAAUCCAGAGAAGUGGAGACGGCUUGGGUUUGAAACUGAAACCCCCCAGUGGGAGUUUGAAGAAAUGGGGUUUCUGGGCAUGAUGGAUUUGGCUGACUACGUGAGGAAACACCAGGAUGAGUUUCAGAAAAUGCUGUUGGAGCAGUCCGCAAAACCGCCGCCUCAGCGUUGCCCAAUUGCGAAAGCUUCUCUGGCUGUUACUGCGGUUCUUUACGAGCAUUUUGAAGUUGAAAAGUCAGAUCUGGAUGACGUCAAGAGCUAUCUUGUGCUCGAGUCAAGAUCGAACUUCGACAAGUUAUUUAAACCUCUGCUUCUCCAUUGGCCUAGACUGCACGUCGCGGGAUUGCAUGCGUUUUUUCGACUGUGGAAAGCUACAGGUGCGGAGCUCGAGGACUUCUCGAAGAUUGUGGAGCUAGUUCGCAUUCUUAUAGAGUCCGUUGUCGGUGGAGCCACGCGCACAAAGGAUGUGCAUGAUGUCGAAGAAGAGAUGGCAGAGUUUGAAUAUCAGCGUCUAAGAGAACUACAGAUGGAGCUGCUCGAACUCACUUAUGAAGAUGCAUGGGGUCAACAUUUACUUCAGGUGCGCGAUGAGCUCCACCAUGAAGCGCUGCAAUUUGUGAAAGAGCAACGCAUCCGUUGUUUGUUACAAGGUGCUUGGUUCCCGACGGAAUAUACCUUGGGUACAGCGGACAGUGGAGUGAAUAAUGUAAAACAAGAUAUGAAACGUGCGGUCGGCUCGAUGACUAUAUAUCGCUUUGUGCAGCUGUCGCAUAACCGACGAUAUCUCCAUUAUGCCGAUUUUGAAUCAAUGGGCAAACAUGCCCCCGAUCUCGAAUCACUGACGGAUAAAGUCGACCUUAACAUUGUCUCAUCUGUUGUCUCCAACGUCUCUGCUUCUUCAGACGCAUCCUCAGGCUCCACAAUAAAAACACUCCCACAUUCAUCCUCCUCAACCAAAAUCACCAUCCAUGGUUACGUUAGCGGACCACCUGGCUCUAUAUCUAACGACAGCACCCUCAAACACCCACACAAGCGCAACAACAGCAACAGCAAGAGCACACAGAAAGAAGCUGUCCUACUAACAUUGCACCCACAAUCUCACAGCAUCGCAUCUGAAUGGCUGGAUGGGUUACUGAUGCUCUUGAAUCAGCAGCCCAUCACUGCAGAGACGAAUAAGCUGAUCAAUCUGGUCAGUAAUUACGGUUUGAAGAUUCGAUUGUUAAAUGUUAGGUUUGAUGAUGCGACGUUUGUUGGGGACUCGCCGGAUAUUCCGAGCCGGGAAGGAUUGGAUGAUGAUUAUUAUUACGAUGUUUUUGGUGGUAAUUGA